AAGAAGAAUAUUAGCCAAAAUGACAACAUCUUACCCCAUGAAUGAUGGUAAUAGUGCUUAUAGCUACUUCAAUAACUCCCAACGGCAGAAAGAACUAAUAGAUGCUUCAAAGGAUAUGGUGAGAGAUGCAAUUAUUGGAAAACUUGAUGUUGAAGAAAAAUACCACAAUAUUAUUCUUGAAUUUCAAGUAUUUUUUAGUGAUCAUGUCGAAAACGAUUUCAACACUCUUUUUCGAUCAUUCCCCUACGCAUCUAGAGUUCUAGGAUCUUUUCAUGGUAGAUUAUUUCCAUCGCAAUCAAUACAUUUUGCACAUUCUUCUUGUGCUAUACAUUGGUUAUCUAAGAUUCCAAAAGAAUUGUUAGAUGAGAAAUCUCCAACAUGGAAUAAGGGAUUGAUUCACUAUGGUACAUCAAAUAUUGAUGUAGUGAAUGCUUAUAUUGCUCAAUUUGAAAAGGACAUGGAAAUAUUCUUUAAUACAAGAGCUGAGGAGAUUGUCCCGGGAUGA